AUGCAGGCACUCCAAAGGAGCCAUAGGCAGCUAUGUGGCCGAUUCUCCCCAUGCGCCACGCGACACUUCUUAGCACGAAGCCGUGUCCAGAGUAGAUUUGAGUCACAGAAACGCGCGAAUUCUUCUAAUUCUUCCGGCACCAGCUCAUCUGAGAGUAAGGGUCUCUCGAAAACAUUGGCGAUUGUUGCGGCCACGGCGACCUUGACUAUUCUUGGUGUUAAAACAUGGGAGGCCCGAUCGGCGAUUGAGCCGCCCGUCGAUACGUCCAAGCGCGCAAAGUACGCUGACAAGCGCACAAUGCUUCUUGCAGUGGAUGAAAUCAAACAAAUCCUAGGCGAAGACAAAGUCAGCCUCGACAAGGAUGACAUCGAAGAACACAGUUACUCCGAAUGGUCAACUUCAAACUCAAAAGAACGACCAGUUGCAGUGAUUACACCCCAAACUACAGAAGAAGUAUCUGAAAUCGCGAAAAUCUGCACCCGCCACCGAGUCCCCAUGAUCCCAUUCGGUGCCGGCUCAAGCGUAGAAGGAAACUUCUCCGCCCCAUUCUCAGGCAUAUGCAUCGAUGUCUCACAAAUGAACAAGGUCAUUGCAUUCUACGAAGAAGAUAUGAAUAUCACAGUGCAAGCUGGAGUCCGAUGGACGGAUAUAAAUGACGAAAUCAAGUCAACGGGUCUCUGGCUCCCGAUGGAUCCUAGUCCUACGGCCUUUGUCGGUGGAAUGAUCGCCACGAAUUGCAGUGGUACGAAUGCUGUACGAUAUGGAACGAUGAAAGAUUGGGUCGUUAAUCUGACUGUUGUUCUACCGGAUGGAACGGUGGUCAAGACUAAACGGCGCCCGCGCAAAUCAUCCGCUGGCUAUAAUCUGAAUGCUCUUUUUACUGGCUCAGAAGGAACGUUGGGGAUUAUCACUGAGGCUACGGUGAAACUUGCUGUUAUCCCUGCUGAGACGAGUGUUGGAACUGCAACAUUUCCAACUGUUAAAGAUGCUACAGCGGCUGCUUCGAAGUUGAUGCGUGAGGGUGUUCCGUUGGCUGCGCUUGAGUUUAUGGAUGAGGUUCAAAUGCAGAUUAUCAAUAAGAAUGGUGGUGCGGGUGGUCGCCUUUGGACUGAGUUACCAACUCUGUUUACCGGGACAAAUGUGGAGAUACAGGAAAGUAUUCAGCGAACUCAGAAUAUUCUCCCGGUAUAUAAAGGCGAGAAGCUAGAGUUUGCUUCGUCCCAGGCCGACCGAGAUAAUCUGUGGGCGGCAAGAAAAGAAGCUAUUUGGGCCAUCAUUGCGACAGGGCCGGAGAACACACGUAUCUGGUCGACUGAUGUCGCUGUUCCACUUUCUAGAUUAGCGGAGAUCGUUGAACUGUCAAAGAAUGAGUCUGGGGAGCUAGGACUGUUCUCUACAGUCCUUGGCCAUGUAGGAGAUGGCAAUUUCCACCAAUCCGUUAUGUAUGAUCCUAGGGAUCCCGAGCAAUACAACGCUGUCAAAGCGUGUGUAUCUCGAAUGAUGCACCGAGCUUUGGAGAUGGAAGGCACUAUUUCUGGAGAACACGGUAUUGGACUGGGAAAGAAGGAAUACUUGAAAGAGGAGCUUGGAGAGUCAACUUUACACUUGAUGCGAAGUUUGAAGCGCAGCGUGGACCCCUACUUACUGGUUUUCCCCUACAGCUGGAUUAUGAACCCUGGAAAGGUUUUCGACGAGGAGUGA